CCGGUUCUCAAUAUACAAAUGUCAGUCGCUUCACGUGUUGCUUAGUUGUUGUUUUUGUGAUUGUGCGGGUCAUUUGUUUAGGAUUUUUCUUUAAAUUUAUUAUUUUCCCAAAUAUAAAAACUAUGAAGGAAAAAGCAAUAAUUGAGAAAGUGUUUCCGCGUAAACACGACACACCAAUACCCACAUUGUUGAAGUUCCAAAAUGGUCAGCUGGGCGCUGUUAGCAAGGAUGCUAUACAAUUCUGCCGCCUUACGCGAAAGCGCGGCAAGGAGUCGGCAGCAAAAGUUGCAAUGGUAACUGCCAAUGAUCAAAUUUAUCAUGGUGCUAUUGACGCUGGCGAAGCAGCUUCUCUCACAGACACCUACAUCUGUGUACGCAAUAAAAUUACUAACAAGGUGCGCAUUAUACCCAUUGAACAAGCUACACUGAACAAUAACGUCUACAAUACGCUUGAACAUAAGCCAUUGCCAAUAAUGACGGCUGAACAUACUAAAGCCGUAUUGCUGAAGCAAUUUGGUGGUCGCAAAGCGGCUCGCUAUGCUUCUAAUCAAGAAAAUAAUAAAGUAAAUGUUGAAGUUCUUAAAAAUGAUUUGGAUAACACUGUGCGCGAAACUGAUUUCACCAGCGAAGUUGUUGAGAAACCUGAUACAGAACAUAAUUUUGAUAUCUUACGACCAAAAUUCAACAAAGACGCCACCAAAUUGGAAGAUAUCUAUGAUGUAAACGAUAUCGUGCCUGCUGAGUUACUUGAACGAUUAGACCAGGAAGCUAAAGUGGUAUAUUCUACCACAAUUGACAAGUUGCCUAUAAAGUCCGAGUAUCUGUGCAACUGUAUUAAACGUAUACAAGAUAGUUCACCAACACCUGCUGGCUUUCUAAAUUUGAAGUUAAUAAUUUACAUGGACUGCUUAUUGAAUUUGCUAAAGACUCGCGUUCGGUCAAUCAAAUCCGUGGAAUUAUCUGGCAUAACAGAAAAAGCUGAAAACGAUGUGCGUACACGUUUUUCUGAUCCGCAUUCAAAACCAUUUUCACGAACGUCGCACACUUCAGAAAAGGCACUGUGUCACUUCAUAGUACUCGCUUUAAUUAUCAGCGAAAAUUUCACGGUAGAUUUGAAUAUUUUGGCUCAAGAACUGUGCGUAUCUAAGGUUAAAUUAAUCAAAUUUGCACAUAUUGUUAAUGCUAUGCGGUCAGCGAAAACUGAUUUAUUGACGCUACGAUUGCCAAGCAAAAUGACGGCCCUAGCGGGAGGAUUUAGUAGGAAAUCAAAAAAAUAAGUUUGUAGAGACACUAAAUAAAUGUGUACAACUUUAAAUACUUUGACCAUAAACCAUAAA